AUGGCUCCAUACGGACGUCCACUUCUCUCUGCUACCCUUGCCUUCAUUCAAUUCAAUGAAGGACAUGCCUGGAAUCGUCACUUUUCGCUUCCCAGACCUACAGCUACCCUGUCACAUCGGGCCGCAUCAGCCCUCGGGAAGCGACUCGUCCACCAGACUGAAAUGUCGACUUGUGGCUACCAAGACGGCGACCCCAAGAAAUUUCGCACCGCCGAGUCCGGAUUCAACUGCCGCGUCGAUACCGUCAAUGGCCUAUGGGGGUUCUGCCCAACAACAGUGAUUGCUGCUACCGACUGCGGCCUGCAGGGGUUUUGCGUAGACAGCCACUCCUGCUCAGGUGGAUGCGGGAACGGUGACAAUUCCCAGUUGACGACAUUUACCUGUGCCUGCCCAAGUGAAACACAGAAGUUCUGCUCGUUUGCAGCCCUGACGUUUGGCGUUGAUCAGACGUACACAUACUAUGCUUGUGGAGGCACUCCCACGACGAUGCAUUAUCUUGCAUCGCCAACGGCCCAGGCUACUCCCACCAACACAAACAAUGUUUCAAAGACGUCUGGUGGAUCUUCAAAACCGGCCUCUGUAAACACAUCGACGGCAAGUUCGGCACAGCCAUCCUCGUGGACAAUCGCGUCGCGAACCACGGCGCAGUCCUCCCAGGCAAAUGCAAACACAGAUUCGGCUGCGGCAACAUCGAAAAGCGGCAGCUCACGCGGAGGCGAUAGUGACGGCGUCAAGGCGGAUUCAUCCCCCAACACUAUUGGGACCAUUACAGGGGGAGUUAUCGGAGGAAUUGCCGUACUCUGUAUUUUUGGCCUUGCAGCCAUAUAUCUUCUGAGAAGAAGCAGAUCCAACCGAUAUAAUUGCAGCCCGUCUCCAAACCUACCAGUUCCCCUGGAAAGCGCCGAGACUCCUGGAGUGAACGGCUACAAGUAUAGUAAUCGUCGCACUGGGGGCUGGGGACCCAGCGAAUUGCCGGCUUCUGAAUAUGGGAGGCCGUCUUUGCAUCCUGUGGAACUGCCAACCUGA